CCAGACUGUAUGAGCUUCCAGCCAGAGGAACAGACUGCUGCCUGAAGUGGUGAGGGUUUUUUGCUGGAGUUCUUCAACAGAGAUAUUUUGAUGGCAUGACGAAUCGGGAGGAAGAAAAGAGAAUGUACUAUGUAACUAAACCCCAGAUCAGACCUGCUUUUGGAAUACAUUCACAGUAAGAUGUAUGGAUCUAUUUUUUCCUUAUUCAUAUAUAUAGAUCAUGAGACUUGACUGAGGCAACCUUCUUAUCAUCCAUCCAUCUAUGGCGAACUACAGCCAUGCAGCUGACAACAUUUUGCAAAAUCUUUCCCCUUUAACAGCAUUUUUGAAAUUGACUUCUCUGGGAUUCAUCAUAGGAGUCAGUGUGGUAGGGAACCUCCUGAUCUCCAUUUUGCUAGUUAAAGACAAGUCCUUGCAUAGAGCUCCUUAUUACUUCCUCUUGGAUCUUUGCUGCUCAGAUAUCCUCAGAUCUGCAAUUUGUUUCCCAUUUGUUUUUACUUCCGUGAAAAACGGUUCAUCUUGGACGUAUGGGACCCUCACUUGCAAAGUGAUUGCCUUCUUGGGUGUCCUGUCCUGUUUCCACACCGCUUUCAUGCUGUUCUGCAUAAGCGUCACCAGAUACUUAGCUAUUGCCCACCACCGCUUUUAUACAAAAAGACUGUCCUUUUGGACUUGUUUGGCAGUGAUCUGUAUGGUGUGGACCCUCUCCGUAGCUAUGGCAUUCCCUCCAGUACUGGAUGUGGGCACCUAUUCAUUUAUUAGGGAGGAAGACCAGUGCACCUUUCAGCAUCGCUCCUUCAGAGCCAAUGAUUCUCUGGGAUUUAUGCUGCUUCUUGCUCUCAUCCUUCUAGCCACACAGCUUGUCUACCUCAAGCUGAUCUUUUUUGUUCAUGAUCGCAGGAAAAUGAAGCCAGUUCAGUUUGUUGCUGCGGUGAGCCAGAACUGGACAUUUCAUGGCCCUGGUGCCAGUGGUCAAGCGGCUGCAAAUUGGCUGGCUGGAUUUGGAAGGGGUCCCACACCGCCUACCUUGUUGGGGAUCAGGCAAAAUGCCAACACCACAAGCAGGAGAAGGCUACUUGUCUUGGAUGAGUUCAAAAUGGAAAAACGAAUCAGUAGAAUGUUCUAUAUAAUGACAUUCCUCUUUCUCACCUUGUGGGGACCCUAUCUGGUCGCCUGCUACUGGAGAGUUUUUGCAAGAGGCCCUGUGGUUCCUGGGGGAUUUCUAACAGCUGCUGUUUGGAUGAGUUUUGCCCAAGCUGGAAUCAAUCCUUUUGUCUGCAUUUUCUCCAACAGAGAGCUGAGGCGCUGUUUCAGCACAACCCUUCUUUACUGCAGAAAAUCCAGGUUACCAAGGGAACCUUACUGUGUUAUAUGAGGGAGCAUCUGUAAAAUCUUUAGUCUUGUGAAAACACUACCCUUCUCUGCUAAGCAAUUGUGGGUUACUGUUGCCAUGUCUUGAGGAGAAGAAGAAGAGGAGAAGGAAGAGGACAGCAUUAAAAGGGGGAU